AUGCCUGGGUACAACCCCGACACAAUAUGGUCAUGGCCAUUGUUGAGCUAUGGCAAGUUCUUCGAGUACAUAACUCGUUCAUGCACAAAAUCCAAGCGUAAAACAUGCUAUCCCGAUGAAUUUGAAAGUGCUGCGAUUCCUCACCAACUUUAUCGGGACACACGUUUUCUUCAUAAUUUAACAGGUUCAGUUGUGAUGGAUAUCUCUCUGAAGUUAAUCCAUAUAGCAUUUUUUCUGUUCUUACUGAUAUGCCUUCUGCUGGAUGUCUUCAAAGAAAGGAGGAAUCAUGGAGACAAGCAGUCAUUGAAAAGUGAAUUUGGCCAACAAUCAACGACCUUAGCAAGUCUGGUUGCAGUCUAUUCACUAUGCAAAACUUCAAGGAAACACAGAACAUGGCCAUUUGUGCUUAUUCUAUGGUGGUUCAUUUCAAGCAUUUGUAACUUACUUUUGGCUUCAGUUUAUAUCCUCAGUCUAUACAAAUCAAUUGAAAUCUCAAACUUUCUGCCAGAAGCCAACAUUAUUGAUUUUGGUUCACUUCCAUUGUCAAUUCUACUCUGUUUUAAUGCUUUGCCUAACAAUUCUGCACAUAAACACGAUAUGACUACACAACCAUUACUUCAAAAGGAGUUGGAGAAGCAAGAAAAACACAUAAAUGCAUUUUCUGAUGCUGGAAUUUGGAACCAAUUAACAUUCAGGUGGUUGAAUCCACUGUUCAAAAAAGGCUGUGGUGAAAAAAUUGAAUUAGAGCACAUACCUUCAAUUCCUCUGUCUGAAACUGCUGAUGAAGCUUCUUCCUUGUUGGAACAGUUUCUGCGAAAACAGAAAACUGAGACUAUCUUGUUGCCUAAUGCCAAUUUCAGACAGAGGAAUUGA